CCCUGCGGCGGGUCGGGGCCGUCCCGUCGGGUCCGCUCCGUUCAGCUGAGCUCCGUUUCGCCCCUGGCGGGGUCCUGAGGCUGGGUGGGGAGAGGGUCCCGUGUGCCGGUGGCAGCGGGAUGCGGGUGGCGGUGGCAGUGCUGGCGGCGGUGCUAGCGGUGGGGACGGCGGUGCCCCGCCCGGGGCUGUUCCCGUACGGCCCGGCCCGCGGCUGUGCCCGGCUCCGGCCCGGCGACGAUGAGAGCUCGCCUGGGGUGACGCUCAGCCGAGCCCUGCGCCUCUACGGCCGCGCCGCCCGCCGCCUCUACGUGGGGACCAACGGGGUCAUCUCCACCCAGGAUUUUCCCAGAGAGACCCAGUACGUGGAUGACGAUUUCCCCACAGACUUCCCUGUCAUUGCUCCCUUCCUUGCCGACCUUGACACCUCUGGUGAUAGAGGGAACAUCUACUACCGGCAAGAUGACUCUCCAGAUGUGCUGGACCAGGCUUCAGGCUACAUCCAGGCUGGGUUCCCCAGUACUGCCAACUCCUUCGUGCCCACCAACGUGUUCGUCGUUACCUGGGAGGACGUGGGUGCCUACCAGGAGCUCUCGCAGGACACCGAGCCUUCCCAGAAGCUCAACACCUUCCAGGCAGUCAUAGCCUACAAUGAUGAGGACACCUAUGUCAUCUUCCUCUACCCUGAUGGUGGCCUCCAGUUCCUGGGAACACGGCCCAAGGAGUCCUACAACGUCCAGCUGGAGCUGCCAGCCAGAGUGGGCUUCAGCUGGGGGGAUGGUGAUGACCCAAAGAGAGAUGGGCUCUUCCACAGCCUGGCAAGCAGCGAGCAGGCUCUGAGGCGUCUGGAGCGGGAGAGCAACACAGGGGUACCAGGUGUGUGGGUCUUCCAUGUGGGCAGUGUGGAGCCCCUGGAGCACGUGGAGCCAGGAGGCGGCAGGAGAUCCAGCCCUGGGCAUCACGGCCCUGGCACCGCCGACUACACCCAUGCGCUCUACAGCCAUGCCGACCGCGCUUCCACCGAGCUCCCGGCACAGCACGGCUCAGAGGCCACCUCACCGCAUCCCAGCCACGGACACCGCACCCCAGCACUGCUGGGCUUCGUCCCCAGGGGGCUGCCUGUCCCCCCUGGGCAGGAGCAGACCCACCGCCUGCACCUGCGUGGGGACGGUGGCAUCCGGCAGAGCUACUCUGCCAACCCCUCCUCCUACAGCUCUGGGCAUCAUGGUGUCGGUGUGGAGGAGGAUGAGCAUUUUAACCCUGAUGUGUUCACCUACAGCGCCACCAGCAAGGAGACCUGUGCCCAGUACCACAGGCGCUGCUCCCCACACGCCUUCUGCACCGACUAUGCCACCGGUGUCUGCUGUCACUGCCGGGCCACCUACUAUGGCAACGGGCGGCAGUGCCUGCCCGAAGGAGCUGUGCAUCGCCUCAACGGGAAGGUGAGCGGGAGCCUGAUGGUGGGACGGGCGUCCGUCCGCUUCCAGGACGUCGACCUUCAUGCCUACAUCGUGGGCAGCGAUGGGCGAGCCUACACUGCCAUCAGCGGGGUGCCCCAGCCUGCUGCCCGUGCCCUCCUGCCCCUCCUGCCCAUCGGGGGGCUCUUUGCCUGGCUUUUUGCCCUGGAAGAACCCGGCUCUGAGAAUGGAUUCAGCAUCACUGGUGCUGAAUUCACCCAGAGCCUGGAGGUGACCUUCUACCCAGGGCAGGAGACGGUCUAUGUCACCCAGACAGCAGAGGGCCUGGGGCCAGACAACUACUUAACCCUGAGGACACACAUCCAGGGCCAGGUGCCAUUUAUCCCAGAGAAUGUCACUAUCCACAUCACUCCCUACAAGGAGCUCUACCACUACUCCAGCUCAGCUGUGAUGUCCUCUGCUCACCGGGAGUAUGUCUUGGUUGCUGGGACAGCCAACCAGAGCUUGUCCUAUCGCCUGCACCAGAACAUCACCUUCUCCAGCUGCCCCCACUCCCGCCUGCCCUCCCGGCAGCAGCUGAGCGUGGCACGAGCCUUUGCCCUCUACGAUGCCCACGAGCACGUCCUGCGCUACGCCCUCGCUGCCCGCAUCGGCUCAGCACAAGAAGACUCUGAGCACCCUGCAGUGAACCCAUGCCACGAUGGCACCCACACGUGUGAGGUGACAGCACGGUGCCAACCUGGCUCAGGGAUGGAGUACACCUGUGAGUGUGCAGCUGGGUACCGCAGAGAGGGACGAGGAUGCCAAGAUGUGGAUGAGUGCACAGAGGGUCUGAGCCAGUGUGGUGCCUUCACCAUCUGCCUGAACAUGCCAGGCAGCUACCGGUGCGAGUGCCGCAGUGGGUACCGGCCAGUGGAGGAUGGGCAGGCGUGUGUGCUUUCACUCUCUGUCCCUGCAGCAAGUGACCCCUGUGAGGAUGGGAGACAUCCCUGUGCACCGAGGGACCGGGCACGCUGUCUGCCCCGUGCCGGGGGCCACGCCGCCUGCGAGUGCCUGCCUGGCUACACCGGCGAUGGCAUCAACUGCUCCGAUGUGGAUGAGUGUGCUGAGAACCCGUGUCAUCCAGCUGCCAGCUGCUACAACACGCCAGGCUCCUUCACCUGCCAGUGCCGACCUGGAUAUGAGGGCGACGGCUUCCAGUGCGUGCAGGGGAACACGCAGCGUCUGACCCCCUGCCAGCACGAGCAGCUGUACCCACGGGAGGUGCCACCAGGUCCCUCGCCUGUGGGUGAGGGGCACAUGCCCCAGUGUGACGAGGAGGGGCGAUACCGGCCGCUGCAGUGCCACAGCAGCACUGGGUACUGCUGGUGCGUGGACGCCGCGGGGCAGGAGAUCGCCGGCACACGGACGGCACCGGGCAGCACCCCCCCUCGCUGCGGGAGCCCAGAGGCCAUUCAGCAGCUGACCCCCUGCGAACACGAGCGGCUGUACCCACGGGCAGUACCACCGGGCCCCUCGCCUGUGGGUGAGGGGCACAUGCCCCAGUGUGACGAGGAAGGACGAUACCGGCCGCUGCAGUGCCACAGCAGCACUGGGUACUGCUGGUGCGUGGACGCCGCGGGGCAGGAGAUCGCCGGCACACGGACGGCACCGGGCAGCACCCCCCCUCGCUGCGGGAGCCCAGAGCCCACAGAGCGUGCCCCGACCAUGUGCGAGCGCUGGCGGCAGAGCUUGCUGGAGCACUACGGUGGCAGUCCCCGCAGCGACCAGUACGUGCCACAGUGUGACAGGGAGGGACACUUCACCCCGCUCCAGUGCCACGGGGACAGCGGCUACUGCUGGUGCGUGGAUGAGAGCGGCAGGGAGAUCCAGGGCACGCGCUCGGAGCCAGGCAGCACCCCACCAUGUCUCCCCAGCGUCGCACCGCCCAGCGUCCGGCCCUCGCCCCGGCCUGACGUGUCCCCGCCAGCCGCAGGCACCUUCCUGCUCUAUGCGCAGGGACAGCAAAUCGGAUACCUCCCGCUCAACGGCACACGGCUGCAGAAGGAGGCGGCCAAGACCCUGCUCUCCCUCCAUGGCUCCAUUGUGGUAGGGAUCGACUAUGACUGCCGGGAGAGGACAAUCUAUUGGACGGACGUGGCUGGCCGGACCAUAAGCCGGGCGAGUCUGGAGCCAGGCGCUGAGCCAGAGACCGUGAUCAGCUCAGGGCUGAUCAGCCCCGAGGGGCUGGCGGUGGACCACCUGCGCCGAGCCAUCUUCUGGACCGACAGUGGGCUGGAUAAGAUCGAGCGGGCGCGGCUGGAUGGCUCUGAACGGCAGGUCCUCUUCGACACCGAGCUCGUCAACCCCCGCGCCAUCGCCGUGGACCCUGUCCGAGGCAACCUUUACUGGACGGACUGGAAUCGUGAAGCACCCAAAAUUGAAACUUCCACGGUCAAUGGAGCCAACAGGAGGGUCCUGGUGAACAGGGACAUUGGCUUGCCCAACGGCCUGACCUUUGACCCCUUCUCCAAGCUGCUCUGUUGGGCAGAUGCAGGAACAAAGCACCUGGAGUGCACAUUCCCCGACGGCACAGGCCGGCGCAUCAUCCAGAACAACCUCAACUACCCUUUCAGCAUCAUCAGCUACGCCAAUCACUUCUACCACACAGACUGGAGACGGGAUGGUGUGAUAGCUGUUGAUAAAGAAACUGGUGCUUUCACUGAUGAGUAUCUUCCAGAGCAGCGAUCACAUCUCUACGGAAUAACAGCAGUUUAUCCCUACUGCCCUGGAGCAAGGAAAUAAGAGCUGCCAUUUCCAGAAACAACAAUCUUUGCACCCAAAACAACUUCAGGCCCAGACAACUGUCACUGCACACAACUAAAGCCGGGGGAAGCCCUUAAACAAGGCCAAGGAAUCACAGAACAUUAGGGUUUGGAAGGGACCUCAAGAGAUCAUCCAAGUCCAAGCCCCCCCUGAGAGCAGGAUCAUCUAGAGCAGGUCACACAGGAAUGAAGUGACCAACUUCCCUGCAAAAGAUGAUUGUUGAAGUUAUACCUCAAGUCUUUACUACUGUAUUUUUAAGAAGUGGAAAACAUCUAUGGAUCACUCUCCCUCCCUUCCCCUCCCAAAAAAGUCCUGUGAAUCUCUGGCCAUGACUCUCACUCUUGCUUAUGCAGGGAGAUUGUAAACAUAGUUUUGUUUUGUUCUUUUGCUUUACUGAAAGGUUGGGUUUUAUUAGAAGGAAUGAAUCUGGAAGAGUUUUGACAAUCUGACCACCAGGUCUUU